CUUUGGUCUAUUCCUGAGGGUCGGACCGUGUUCAUUGGCUCCAAAACUUCAAUUUUUUUGGCUGAGCAAGCGUCCAACGGCCCGUCGUAUCAACUUCUCUUGAAAAUGUCGCAAAAUUUGUCCCUGAAAGUGGCACCGUCCAACAAAGAUGAUUACCUAGAAUGUCCGUUUGAUGAACGGCAUCUCAUCAUGCGCAGUCGGAUGACCGUACACUUGGUCCGCUGCGCGCCUAAUCAUCACGGGUCCAGGAAGGUGCGUUGUCCGUUCAACAAUACCCAUAUUGACACCAUAAGCAAAAUGAAGAUUCACGUUGGCACUUGCCCAGAACGCGCUGGAUUCGAGAAAUUUGUGCAUCAGAAUGAAAUAGAAGAACCUGACGAGCUGCCUUACGAAAAAAGGGAGGAAAUCGAGUGCAGUGAGGACUGGGACAAAGAGCCGGAUGUGGGCACGUACAAUCCCAAGCUCUAUUGCGACAAAAAAUUUCUGAUUCUCAAUCCCCAGGGCAAUCCGCCAGCAGUCAAACGUCAAAUUCGUGAAUCGGAACGUAAGCGUUUCCAGCAGCACCAAAAAUUCUGAAUGACUAAGCGGCGGCCAUUUUAUCCAAUCUCAGGGAGAACAAUUUUCUUCAUAAUACAAAAACCUUAUAAUAAGUAUCAGCACAAGUUUUCAAAUUUGUGGCCUGAACACUGUUCACUUUAUUGUGUACCACUUAAUCAUUAAUUUUCCAUAAUUAAAUACAUUAUUAUGUAGCUAAAAUGUUAAAAAAGAAGAAAUAGCAUUAUUGGAUAAUAAAAUCACGGACAUGCAUACUAGUACA